GAGAGGUUAAUAGUCGAAGAAGUUUCAAGUGAGAACGAUGGAACCCAGUGAUUCAUAUAAUUGUGCUAUCAGAGUGAAAGAGGAACAUAGUUAUGCGUUGCUUAUUGAAAAUGAUUCUGGGAUCAUUGAUGAGAAACCGGAUCUUAAAAACUUACAACUUUUACUACUUCCACCAGAAAGUUCGAACCAAACAGUUCGAAAAUGUGACGAACAUCGUGAAAGUGAACUUGAUAUUGAAGUGGAAAUAACAUUUGAGUGUGAAAACCUUAAACCCCAAAUGAAUUUGUCAGUACAUGAAAAAAUUGACGAUUAUUCUCAAAGUCAUUUGCGGAAUGUAAAAGAUAGCGAUGGUUACAAAAUUCAAAAUGCAGUCAGAAUAGAAUACGUGGAAGAAGAGAAACAGACAUUUUUUGGGGAUGCAGAAAAAUCAAAUUUGAAUUUCGAAUGCGAACUUGCCAGACUAGAUAAAAGAAGAAUAAUUAGAAAGAAGUUAAAUAAUGAACAUAACCUCAAAACACACGUAGGUACGAUGAAUAGUGAUACAACCCAUGCAUGUGAUGUAUGUGUCAAGACAUUUUCUCAAAGUCAGCAUCUCAAAUUCCACAUCGAUAAGGUGCAUCAUAAAAUCACGUCCACGUACGAUAUGUGCGGAAAAUCAUUUUCACUAACAGGUUAUGUAGCCCAUAUUGACGCGGUGCAUAAUGGUGUCCCGCAUGCAUGUCACAUAUGCGGAAAAAAUACAUAACGAAGGGUUAUCUCAAAGCUCAUAUCGAUAAGGUAAAUAAUAAUAUCAUUUGUUAUAUAUGCAGAAAGACAUUCGCGCAUAAGGGCUAUCUCCAAACCCAUAUUGAUUCGGUGCAUAUCUCACAUUCAUGUGAUAUGAGCGGAAAGACGUUAUGCAAGAGUAGUCUCAAGACCCACGUUGAUAAAAUGCACAAAGAUGUCAGGCAUGCGUGCGAUACAUGCGGUAAGAAGUUUUCAGGGAAGAGUGAUCUCCAAAAUCAUAUCGAUACGGCACAUGAUGGUGUCAAACAUAUAUGUGAUAUAUGCCAAAAGACAUUCACCCAGAAGAGUAAUCUCAAAACCCACAUCGAUACGGCACAUAAUGGUGUGAAACAUACACGUGAUACAUGCCACAAGACAUUCACCCAGAAGAGUAAUCUCAAAAGUCACAUCGAUACCGUACACAAAGGUGUCAAAAAUUCUUGCAAUAUAUGUGGCAAGUCAUUUGCUCACAGACGUAAUAUCAAAGCCCACAUUAAUGCAGUGCAUAAUGGUAUUUUAAAAGUAAGCAUUACCUCAAACAUGCUAUCGGCGGAUGAGACAUUGAU